AUGGCGCCGUCCCUCACUGCCGAAGCACUAAACUCCGCCAUCAGCAACCUAGAAUCCGUGCGAAUUCCGUCGCCUCCGAGCUCGUGCGGGUCCAACGACGACCAGCAGGGGGAGCAGGAGUACUUGGGUGUAGCGGAUACAGUGCUCAACGACGCCAACUGGAGCUGGCUCUGCGACUUGCUGGACACCGUGCGUGACGAUGCAGUGAGGAAGCAGGCCAAAGUCUUCUUCGCGCGGCUGUUCAAGUCGCAAGACGCGGCUGGGAUGGACGCCACGCUGGCCGAGAUGGAGACCUGGCGUGAGGAGCUUGGAGAGGAAAGACAGAGACUCCGUGAACACGAACUGGCCCGCGCAUUGUUUCUGCUGGGAUACGACAAGAGCAUGUCAUUAGCUAGAUAG